CGGUUCUAAAAGAAGACGGAACACUAUAGAAUCUCGAGACCUAGGUUCUUCACUUCGACCUUUAACGGAGUUUCGAGCAUCCAAAAGGCGCAGAGUCCACAAGCCAUCGAAGCUCCUAUCGGCCGAAACUUUGUGCUUGCUGCUGACAACGAGCGGGCGGGUCGUAGUCGGAGUGAGCUGAAUCCAAGUCAAGGGCGGGCAGGAGUAGGUUGAUUCGUUUGCUCGUCGUCGUUGUUUACCAAGGUAAGAAAUCAUUCGAAGGGUAUUUGGGGAAAAGGAGAUGAGUACUAACGAAGAGAAAGCGUCGACGACGCCUAAAACUCCUUCCGAUUUCCUGAAAUCGAUUCGGGGACGUCCCGUUGUGGUUAAGCUCAAUUCCGGAGUUGAUUAUAGAGGUAUCCUAGCCUGCUUGGAUGGAUACAUGAACAUAGCCAUGGAGCAGACUGAAGAAUAUGUUAAUGGGCAACUCAAGAACAAAUAUGGAGAUGCUUUCAUCCGAGGGAACAACGUUCUCUACAUCAGCACGACGAAGAGGACGCUUGCAGAUGGUGCUUAGUCCGCUACGACUGUGCUGCAAUUGCAUAUGGAAGGCUGCUUUUGGCGGAACUAAUCAGUAAUCAACCUCAAUCCUUGGGAACGUGUUUGGGAAGCUAGUUUAUUGAAGGAACCGGAAAAGAAAACUUAAAGAACCAAAGUAGUGUGUGUUGUUCAAUUGUUGUUUGAAUACGUUGAUGUCAAAAUUCCGUUAUGCUCUUUAAUGUGUGAAUGACCUUGACUUUUCUAGUUACAGAAGACCAAAAAAACCUUCCGUUAAGUAAUGAUCGAAUUGACUUUUGAGUUGAGUUGGCUCGAAUUAA